UUGGCCUCCAGUGGCGCGGCGGACGAGUAUUCGCCCAAAACAUCUGCCAACGAUCAGAGAGGGUGGGGGGGGGGGCUGACACUACGCUGCAGUGGGCUGAGACUCACACAGCUACCUGUGGGGUUCCCCAACAGCACUGAUCGUCUCUUCCUGGACCGUAACGUUCUUAGCUCUCUGCCAGCCAACAGCUUCUCUGAUCUGCCUCUGGACGAGCUGGACCUGUCUCACAACCAGCUGUCCUAUCUGGACCCCGGGUGUUUCGGCGGUCUGGACUCCCUGCGGUUCCUCGACCUGUCCUUCAACCUGCUGACGGCUCUGGACCCGGCGGCGCUGGGCGGGCUGCGAGCACGCACCAACCUCACACACAACACCUGGCACUGUGACUGCAGGAUGCAGCUGAUGGUGCCGGAGCUGGUUCUGGACCCGUCGUCUCUGCCCGGAGUCAUCUGUCAGACCUCAGACCUCCACAACCUCGGAGCAGUGGGCCGCCCCCUGGUUCUGCUGAUGCAGGACUGGGACCUGUGUCUGUCGGUGAGGAGGAACCCGGACCUGGUGAUGCUGCUCACGAUGAUCCUGUGGUUCUCCGCCCUGGUCUCCAUCCUGCUGAACUACAUCCGGCAGAACCAGCAUCUGGCCCGGCAGCACAUGGCGUACAUGAGGGCCCUGCAGAGCCGCUCAGCAGCGCCCCCUGCUGGGGAGGGGGAGGCCUGCGGGAACUCUGCUGUGUGAACACACACCUGCUCAGGGUCAUAUUCAAAUUCAAAGGCGUUCUCAUCAGACGCUCAGCAGCUACAGAAGAGGAGACAUGGCAAUGAAAUUCUUCUGACCUGAGCUC